AUGGCGGAUAUAGCUGCUGUUCUCGUGUGGCAGGGACUCCAUCGUGAAGAGAGGAUAAAAAUCCCAAACGAUGUCCCAAACAUCGUUCACAAUUAUCUACCAGAUGACUUUAAGAGACUUUUUAGGCUGUCCCGAGGAACCUUUGAGACUCUUCUCAGUAAUCUGGCAGAUAUACCAGAACUUGCAAGGCGGAGGACAACAGCUGGAAGACCUGAGGUUUCCCUUGAAAAAGACCCUUUAAUGACCCUGUGGUACUUAGGGUCACAGGAAACUGUCAAAUCGAUAAGCGAUCGGUUCAAUGUCCAAGUAUUUACUUUUAUUGCCCACAAUAGGAGAAUUUUAGAUGUUUGUUGCAACCAUCUUUGCAAAAUAUUUAUCAGAUGGCCCAAUGAUUUUGAAAAGGUACAAGUGAGGGAAGCGUUUGAAAGUGUUAAGGGAUUUCCUGGCCCAAUUGGUACAAUAGAUGGCACCCAUAUUCAGAUGACUCCACCAGCUGAGAAUGAGGCAGAUUAUGCAAACCGUAAGAAUUUCCACUCUAUCAUAUUACAAGCGGUGCGUAAGCAUGAUCGUGCUUUCACAGAUAUUUACUGUGGGUGGCCAGGAAGAGUCAAUGAUGCUCGCGUUUUUCGCAAUUCUCAUUUGUGUGAAAACCUACAUGUCAUGGUUGGACAAAACCAUAUUAUAGGUGAUUGUGCUUAUCCACUUUCACGUUUCUUGAUGAAACCAUACAGAGACAACGGUCAUCUGUCGAAUGCUGAAAAGCUCUUCAACAAAUCUCUAUGUAGUUCCAGAACAGUUAUAGAACAUGCAUUUGGAAUGAUGAAAGGACGAUUCCGUAGACUCCAGAAUAUCAACAUGCACAGUAUUGAGUACAUUGUAAAAGCUGUGAUAACAGCUUGUAUAUUGCACAACAUCUGCAUUCUGAAUGACGAUGAACUUGAUGAUCAUUUUGAAGCAGAAGUUGAAGAUGACAAUGUUGGCUUAAAUGUUCCUUCAGGUGAUGCUGAAGGGACAUUGAAGCGCUUGAUCUCACUCGUCAGAUCAUGA